AGGAGAUAUUGAUAAAGCAUGUUUACAUUCAGUACGCAUAUACAAUUGCAAUCAUCAUCUGAGACACAGUCCAUUGUCUGAGAUAUAUUGAUACAGAAGUAAGAAGUUCAGCCUACUCUUCCUCCUCCCCCUGAUCCCCUAUUGUCCUGCCAGCCCCUCCCUCGGUGAGGCUGUGGCCCCCAGUGGUGAUGGUCCCUGUGGGGGCCCAGGUAGUGUUCCACUGCCAGGUUUGGGGACAUCCCCUUCCCUCCAUCGUCUGGUCCAAACAGGGACGCUCUAUGCAGACUGGUGGAAAGAUCUCUGUGGGGGUGAGAAAUGCUACCCUCUACAUCCUGUCUGUCAGGAGCUAUGACGAGGGGACUUACACCUGUGCAGCCUCUAACACUGUGGGGCAUGACCGGAGCACAGCUACUUUACGUGUCGCUGUGAGCCCCAUCAUAGUGUCCUUCGUUGGGGCCGUGAGCAGCUCAGAAGGGUCCUCUGUGGUCCUGCCAUGCAGAGCAGUGGGGGACCUCCCCAUCAGGUACACCUGGACCAGAGGACACUCUCAGACCUCUAUCACCCCAACCCUGAAGAGGCAUGUAGAUGAUGAGGGGGCUCUGCAUAUCUCCAGGGUUCAGUUGUCUGAUGCAGGGGACUACCACUGUGCAGCUGAGAACAGAGCGGGACAACAGCAAAGAAGAACCACCCUCACCAUCUCUGCUGAAGAUGACCCGGCUGAUAGAGACAAGCAGCAUAGACAGAUUGCAUCUGCAGUUCCAAACACUGAAGCAGAGCAGAGAAUUCCUCUGUCCAGUAACGUCCUGAGUCUAGCUCAGCGUUCUGAGAUGACCCAAUUACAGGCAGGAAGCACAGUUUCAUUCCUAGCAUCUCAAAAAUACUUGAGCAACGACAUCACCCACGUGUCUACCCCUGACACUUUACGACUGCUCUCGUCUCUCAAGAAGACAGCUUUAGGACUAGCAGGUCUCAGCGGAGGACAGACAGGAUUGCUGGUACUACCGGACCAGGCCUCGGCCAAACCAACCCAGCCCACAAUCACACAGAUCCAGCUUCCAGGGCAACAACCCCCACAUCCACCUCUAUAUCAACCCUUAGACCUACUAAGCCAGCCUUCAGUAACUCAUAGAAUCGCCUCACUUACCCAGCUUCCAAUAAUACAUACCCAGCCAACAUUAGCACAUAAUCCACCCCCAGUGACACAACGGCAGGUUUUAGUCCCACAUAGCCAAUCUCAAUUAACACAGUCCGUAUCCCAAAGCAUCCACAACCAGCCAUCAGUCAUGCAUAUCCAGCAUCAAGUCACUGACCAACCAAUUAAGCCACUAAAGCCCAUCACCAGUAUUACCCAGUCUCUGGUCCCACGCCCGCAACCUUCUCCAGACUCUCCCGCUCACCUUUCAAACCCCUCUACCCAGAGUCCUGAUUGUCUUACCCAGCCCAGAGAACCUGUGACUCAGUCUCUACUCAUGCAAACCCUGCAUCCUUCUGACUCAAUCACUCAAACUCACCAUCCUGUAACGCAAAGUUAUCCUUCAUAUUCACAUAUACAGCAUCCUAGCCCUGUCACCCUGUUUUCAGUCACACAAAUCCAGCCUGAACCUACACGAACUCAGCCUGAACCUACACAAACUCAGCCUGAACCUACACAAACUCAGCCUGAACCUACACAAACUCAGCCUGAACCUACACAAACUCAGCCUGAACCUACACAAAAUCAGCCUGAACCUACACAAACCCAGCUUGAACCUACACAAACCCAGCUUGAACCUACACAAACCCAGCCUAAACCUACACAAACUCAGCCUGAACCUACACAAACCCAGCUUGAACCUACACAAACCCAGCCUAAACCUACACAAACUCAGCCUGAACCUACACAAACUCAGCCUGAACCUACACAAACUCAGCCUGAACCUACACAAAAUCAGCCUGAACCUACACAAACUCAGCCUGAACCUACACAAACUCAGCCUGAACCUACACAAACUCAGCCUGAACCUACACAAACUCAGCCUGAACCUACACAAACCCAGCUUGAACCUACACAAACCCAGCCUAAACCUACACAAACUCAGCCUGAACCUACACAAACUCAGCCUGAACCUACACAAACUCAGCCUGAACCUACACAAACCCAGCUAGAACCUACACAAACCCAGCCUAAACCUACACAAACUCAGACUGAACCUACACAAACCCAACCCACACAAACCCAGCCUAAACCUACACAAACCCAUUCUCUACCAAAACAAACUCAGCCUGAAACUACAGAAACUCAGCCUGAACCUACACAAACCCAGCCUAAACCUACAGAAACUCAGCCUGAACCUACACAAGCCCAACCUGAACCUACACAAACCCAACCUGAACCUACACAAGCCCAACCUGAACCUACACAAACCCAACCUGAACCUACACAAGCCCAACCUGAACCUACACAAACCCAACCUGAACCUACACAAACCCAGCCUGAACCUACACAUACCCAGUCUGAACCUACACAAACUCAGCCUGAACCUACAGAAGCCCAACAUGAACCUACACAAACCCAGCCUGAACUUACACAAACCCAGCCUAAACCUCAACGAACCCAGCCUGAACUUACACAAACCCAGCCUAAACCUCAACGAACCCAGCCUACACAUCUCCUAACCCAGCCUUCAGUCUCAAUCACACAUUCUCCUGACAUGAGCACCAUACCCCCCACCCCUGACCCCAAAGGCCCUAGUGCCCCAUGGACCUCCACACCAGACCUCCUGCAGCAGCACAUGAGUCAGCCCGCUAAGCCAGUUCAUCCAGCCAAACCAACCAGGCACAAUGACACAGAGCCCACAGAGUGGCUGAAGAGGAACACUUCUCAGUCCCCCAUCAGGACCAGUGAGGACCCCAGAGUAAAGCCUCCUCCUCCAUGGCUCCCAGUGCUGGAGAAACAUGACAUCCCCAUCGUGGUGGGAGUGGGCGUGUCUCUGGCCUUCAUCUUCAUCACCAUGGCCUUCUACUCCCUGGUCCAGAAGAAAGAGCCUGCCCCCGCUAUUAGAGUUCCCAGGAACCUGGGAGUCCCCUUCAGACAUGCUGAACGUCUGGCCACUGGGAGGACUUAUGAGAACAGGGCGUUUGAGGAUGAUGAUUUGGUGGCUGUGAUUGAACAAAGCCCCGACACGUCAGAUACACGUACCAGGCCCCCUGCCCCCAGCCCAGUCACUGUGAUGAUAGACCCUGCCUUUGAUGAGACUAAGGAGACACAGCCUCGCCCCCCGUCCUCUCCAGAACACUCAGUCAUAGCAGAGACCUACCCUGAGGCAAUCAAAGACACACAGGUUGACCCCUUCCUGGAUGAAGAGAAAGACUGCAGCCUGUCUCACCCCAGCAUCCAGCUGCAGUGUGUGGAGGACUGGGGGGGUGGAGGAGUAUACGGACAAUGUCAGGGCCAGGACUUUCUCCCUGAGCCCCCCUCUCUCACUCCUUCACCUUUCCGCUCCCUGUCUCCCUCCCCUCCUCCUGUGCGUGAGGAAAGCCUGCGCUCCUCCCUGACACUCCAGACCACUGAGCCCUGUGCCACGCCCAUCCACCACAGCGUCAGCAUCUCCCACGGUAACGCCCCCCUCCUCCUCUCCCACUGCGUCUCCCUAGGCCUCACCACCGUCGCCGUUGAUGUUCACUUCUACCCAGCAGCUCUUGCGUCAGCCACCGCUGCCAUGGCGACCGUGACAGCCGCCACACAGGUUAAUGCUACCGCCGCUGCUGCUCCAGGGCCCCAGCUCAGCUCUCGAUUGGCACAAGGUCAGGAGCAUGACCAAUCGGCUCCCAGCAUGUGCCAGAGUAAGUAACUAGAUAGAGGGAAUGCCGGAUGGAGAAUUGGUUCCAACACAGAUGUUGCGAUUAGUCUCCACUUUGGACAGCUUGGCUGGAUUGUUGGUUGUCUUCACGUGUCUCUCUGUGUUUAUCAGCCUGUUUCCUCUGCCUUGAUUUGACACUGGUGUGGAGAAUGUGUUUGUGUUGGAACCAUACACUGAAGACUAUAGGACAACAUCCUAAAUGGUCUACACAUACUGUACCACAGUCAGCUAUAAACACGUCAACUACAUAAUGUCAAUGUAUUCUGUUUCUGUCCUUCAUAAAGAAAAGUCACAUGAGAUUUUCAUUAUUGAUCAUGUAUAUUUUGGCUUCGUUGUGUAUUACAAAUGUCAGUUACACAAUGAUGCUUGAGGCCUAAAAUAAUGCAUUUAUAAAGCAAAAGCUAGAAUUGAAUAUGUAUAACUGCUUUCAUAAUCUUCUUUUACAUGCCAAUGUUUCUCUGCCUUGACUGAAUAUAUAGCUCAUUAUAUUUAUAUGUACACUUUAUAAACUAAUUUGUGUCAAAUACAUUUUCUCAGUUGAAUAUUCUACAAUGAAAAAGCCAAGGAGAAAACAGCUGUGUACAAAAUAUUGCAAUCUUUGUUACUUUACACUUCCUAUUCAGGUAAUACACAACCUCUCUCUGUUGCACCAUAAACCGACUGUUACUUCUGUGCUGAAACCAAAGGAAGAUGACGACAGGGCUUAAUUUACUGUAAGUCCCAAUUGAGACCCAGCUGACCUGAAAUUUCAUUUAUCUGGAUCACUUCACUUUAUGAUCAGUGAAAUGUCUAUAAUUUUCAUGAAUUUCCCUUUCCUUUGCUACUGCCAUGAAUUCAUUACUCUUAAAUGAAUGUGUUAAACUGAAAAUUAUAUUUUUUACCCCUGUAUUUCUCAUCUUAUUUGUUUCAAUAACAUGUCCAGUAUCAAUUGUUGCUAACAAAAGUGAGUCAUUUUUUAAUUUUUAUCUUGCAUAUUUAUAUUUGAGUGUAUUAAAUCAGUGAACUUAUUACCUUUGUAUGGGUGAUAAAAUGCCAACAAAAAAAUAUUAAAAGUUAUGACACAGAUCUAACAUUC